UCAAAGAUAUGGCAAAAAAGGGGAUUAAUGUCAACGUAACAAACAAUGUAGUUGAUGUUUUGGAGUUGUCUGCAAAGACUCCAAAACCCAAUCAUUGAUCCAAUUGGUUGGUUUUUCCUCUAAGCAUAUCCAAAUUUCUAGAGAGAGAAACUGAUUGGCGCCAUUAUUCUCUCACUAUAAAUUUCGGAGCUUUUUGGGUUUUACAAUUCCAUUUUGUUUCAAUUAUUGUGACCCAGAAAGCAGAAACUUAAACCAAUGGAGGGUUUUAAUUUUCAGGGCUUUAAAAAACCCUUGAUAAUGCUGUUGUUUGUUCUGUUUGUUUUAAACUUGAGCUUUGUUAAUGGUGACAUGGAUGGGCUUGGAGAGCAACCACUUUCCAAAAUUGAAAUUCACAAAACUGUUCUUGCUUUAUCUGCUGAUGCUUCUGUUAAAGCCUCCCCUUUACUUCUUGGCCUGCUGGGUGGGGAUACUGAAAAUGUAACGGUGGAUAUUGUUAACCCUCAACCAUCUGGAGAUGAUUGGAUUGGAGUUUUCUCCCCUUCAAUAUUCAAUUCAUCCACAUGUCCACCAAACAAUGAGCCCAAAGAGCAAAACCCAUAUAUUUGUUCAUCCCCAAUAAAGUACAAGUUUGCAAAUCAUGACAAUUCAAAAUACACUGAGACAGGCAAGAAUACUUUGAGAUUUGAGAUUAUAAAUCAGCGGGCAGAUUUCAUAUUCGCCUUAUUUUCAGGCGGACUGUCAAAUCCAAAACUUGUCGCAGUGUCAAAUACCAUAACUUUUCUUAAUCCUAAAGCGCCUGUGUAUCCCCGUCUUGCUCAAGGAAAAUCUUGGGAUGAGAUGACCGUGACUUGGACUAGCGGUUAUAACAUCGAUGAAGCUAUUCCAUUUGUUGCAUGGGGUCUGAAUGGAGACACUUCGUUGCGCUCACCUGCUGGAACAUUGACAUUUGAUCAAAACAGCAUGUGUGGUUCACCUGCAAGGACAGUAGGCUGGCGUGAUCCUGGAUUUAUACACACAAGUUUUUUGAAAGAGUUAUGGCCAAAUACUAUAUACUGGUACCGGAUGGGUCACAUCCUAACCAAUGGCGUUUACAUCUGGAGUAAGAUGUAUUCAUUUAAAUCAUCUCCAUUCCCUGGACAGGACUCAUUGCAGCGUGUCAUUAUUUUCGGCGACAUGGGGAAGGCAGAGCGUGAUGGGUCAAAUGAGUACAGCAAUUAUCAGCCAGGAUCACUCAUGACCGCAGACCGACUUGUUGAAGACUUGAACAACUAUGAUAUAGUAUUCCACAUUGGAGAUCUAGCAUAUUCAAAUGGAUACAUAUCACAAUGGGACCAAUUCACAGCACAGGUCCAGGCCAUUACAUCAACUAAACCGUACAUGAUUGCAAGUGGCAACCAUGAACGAGACUGGCCUAAUUCAGGAUCCUUCUAUGACGGACUCGAUUCCGGUGGGGAGUGCGGAGUGGUUGCUGAGACCAUGUACUAUGUCCCUGCAGAGAACAGAGCUAAAUUUUGGUAUUCAACUGAUUAUGGCAUGUUUCACUUCUGCGUAGCUGAUACAGAGCAUGACUGGAGGGAGGGAUCGGAACAGUAUAAGUUCAUUGAAAAUUGCCUAGCGUCUGUAGAUAGACGAAAGCAGCCUUGGCUAAUUUUUGCAACUCAUCGUGUCCUUGGAUAUUCCUCCAACGAUUGGUACGGAAAAGAGGGUUCAUUUGAAGAGCCCAUGGGAAGGGAAAGCUUGCAAAAGCUUUGGCAAAAGUACAAAGUAGACAUCGCAUUUUACGGGCACGUGCAUAACUAUGAAAGGUCAUGCCCUGUAUACCAGAGUCGAUGUGUGAAUUCAGAAAAAAAUCAUUAUUCAGGCACGGUGGAGGGAACAAUCCAUGUUGUUGUCGGUGGGGGAGGAGCCCACUUAUCACCAUUCAGCGGAACGAUUCCUAAUUGGAGUGUGUUCAGAGAUUUCGACUUUGGGUUCGUGAAGAUGACAGCAUUUAACCACUCAUAUUUGCUCUUUGAGUACAAGAAAAGCAGUGAUGGCAAAGUACAUGAUUCUUUCACCAUUUCCAGAGAUUACAGAGAUGUUUUGGCCUGUAUUCAUGACGGUUGCGAAGCAACUACUUUGGCAAGUUGAGCCACAAAAAUAUUUGCUCAAUUGUUAGAUUUUUGUUUAGCAAUUUUUUUUAGAUUAUUCGAAAGGACAUAUUAGGUUAGAGUCUUUAAGAAUAAUAAUAUAAUAUUAAGGCUUUAAUGUGAUGCAUUUCACUUCUCCUUCA